UCUUACAUAAGUCUCAAGUAAUACCUCGUGAAAUAACGUCCCGUGAUAGUUCUAUAUGCAUACGUCUUUGUGUAGUGGACAUAAGCUACUGUAGGAGUAUUAAUGCGAAUAAUGUGGAGAAGGAGUCAAAGCAACCGACCUAUCUCAUCUCCUUAUUUGGUCACAAUUGGAGGUGGAGGUGGGACUCUUUGGAAGGGAGCUGAGCGUGAGAAGUCUCGGUCGGUGAGAGGCGCGUUGUGUACAAGUGACUGAGGGUGAGUAUGUGGUGUGUCAUCACUCCACCAGCCAUCACACGGGGAAGGAAGAUGCCAUUUCAUAAAGGUGUGGAAACCCUCAGUACUCUGUGUGUUCAAAGAAUAGGACAGUUAUUCAUUGAAAUUACUAAAUGUUUGAAUCGUUGUAGUACCAGUAAGAAAAAAGGAAUACUUGCUGGCCAAAAACUUGCAAAUAAAAAGAACUUGGAUAAAAAUAAUGAGAAAAAAAGUGAUGAAAAAGAUGUCCAGAGCCAGAAUGUAACCAAAGAAGGGGAGGAAAAGGAGGAGACUCUCAAGCCAGAGUUAUCAGAGACCAACGGACAUGCAGUACCUCAGGCAGAACAAGUACUAGAGGCACUGCUCACUCCACCAUCACAAAAUGAAGAGGAAAAGAGAAAAAAGCAUGAAGAGUUGGAGUUGUUGUGCCAAGACAUUGGUCAAGCAUUGACCUCUCACUCCCACGUCACUCUGCAUAGAUCACUCUUCACAUCCAUCAGCUUGUGCCUUGACCCUGUUUAUAUGAAGGAGAAAUGGUGCCGCCAUACCAUUCAGAGUGUUCUUGUACUUUUCCUGAAUGCAAGUUUAAGGGAAUUAGAUUUUGGAGAAAGAAAAAUGUUUUCAGAAUAUGAGAUGUGCCAGGUUUUGGUUGAUCAACUCCAUCAUGCAGUGAAGUUAGAAAAACUCAUAAUUGGUCGGCCAUGUUAUUGGAGGUCACAAAUUUUUGAAAAUCUUAAUGUAAAGUUAAUGCAAUUGCCUCAUCUUGUGGUCCUAAAAAUCCAGUUUAUUUGUACUCCAGAAAUGAUUAAUGGGCUUUCCCAAAACUGCCCCAAUUUACGUGAGUUGUCUGUGAGAGGUUCUGAAAAACUAUCAGAUGAGGACUGUGAUGAAAUAGCCAAGUGUGAAGGACUCGAUUGCCUGGAUAUAUCAGGUACUAGAAUUACUGGUAAAGGUUGCUGGAAGAUUUUGGAUUCUGUGAAAAAUCUUUCAUGGCUACAUCAUUGUGCUUUUAAUUGUAAUUCUGACUCUCUAUUGUUUGAGUCUCGGACAGAGUUGUUCAACUAUGUAAAAGAGCAGUUGAGUACAGCAGAUGGGGAACAGUUGUUGCAAGUGUCUCAACCUGAAAUGACACUGCGGGAUGUCAACUUUAAUUUGAAGAAUUUUUGGCUCUUCAAUCCCAUCACCUAUGACUUGAUAACAACUUGCCUCUGCCCAGACCUGGAACAUCUACGACUUGAUUUCAUUUUCCAGGACUUACUUGAGGAACCUGAAGUUUCAAUUCUUUCAUCUCUUACAAAGCUGAAGAAAUUGGAAGUCAAUUUUUAUGACCAGUGCUUCUAUAAUCUAGGCAAGGCAAUGUUGGAAGCUUGUGGUGAAUAUCUCACCUGUCUAUCACUUCACCUGGCAGAUGACUGGUUUGUGGUUGCUCCGAUACACAAUGUUGUGGCAAGCUGUUGUCCUAACUUAGUCACCCUUCUGUUCUCAGGAGACUACAAGGUGGAGGGAGAACGCCCUGACAUGGCUCGACACACUUUAGAGGAGUGUGACGAACAACUUGAUUUUCAAAUUCCUGGGCCAGCACAUCCUCAUCUCUUGCACCUGAGAGUAACUGGUGUUGUGAGUGACCAGCGACUUCGUUUCUUGCUGAGCCAUGCCCCAGCCCUUCAGACCAUCCACCUUGAUGGGGAACUUGAGUGGCUGUAUGAUGCUACUCUGGCAACUGCUCUACAAAUCAAUCCUCUUCCAGAUUUGGAAGAGAUUUGGUUUAAUGUAUCAACAACUGUGACACUUGCCACUGUGCGACUCCUCCUGCAGCAAGAUAAUCCCCUCAAGUGUAUAGGUCGGCUGUGUCACAUGGGGGAAGCCACUAUGGGGGAAUACCAGGAGUUGCUGGCACAAGUACGUCAACACAACCUGAACAUUAAGCUGAUUUGGGUUACUGAUGAACGAAUCAGAAAGUGAGAAAGUUUAUAAAAGUCAGUGUAUAUACUGUAGAGGUGUUUAUGUGCAUAUGUAUAAGCAUAAAUUUAAGUUAAUUUGUUAUAUAAACCUCAGAGAUUAUAUAUUUAUAUAUAAACAACAUACAUUUAAGGUUUAUAUGUGAAACAUAUUUGCACAAUUUUUUUUAUUUUACAUUAAAUAAUUUAUAGAACUUA